ACUUUUUCCUGUCUGUCAGUCUAGGACUCGGUGGGACCGAUACGCCCCAAACAAGAAUGCGAAAGAGUAUUAGUAAUGAGAGAACAUUUUCAGCUACUGGCAAUGAGUCAUUUCUCUAUAAAAAGCUGGUGGACCUUGCAGAGAUGCUUUCUGCAGAGAUGGAAGAAGAAGGCCUUUCUGGGAGGACACUGACACUGAAGCUAAAAACUGCUUCUUUUGAGAUAAGGACUCGAGCAGUGACUUUGCCAAAGCACAUCGCCUCAAAAGAGGAAAUAUUCAAGCAUGCUUCAAAGCUUCUGAAAGCCGAGCUCCCUGUAUCUUUACGUCUCAUAGGACUCCGUGUUUCUCAGUUUAUGGAAGAGAAUGCCAACCCUUCUGAUCCCACACAAAGAACACUCUCCAACUUUGUUGUUCAAGGAGAUGUUGCAAGAGAGGAGGAGGACGAUCAUGUGCCUUCGUGCUCUGAUAUUAGCGAAAAUCCCUUCACAGGCGACACGUGUUCCGACUUUCCCACGAAAAGCAGCGAAAUAUCUCAAAGAGACAAAGUCAAAGUCAAUGUGUGUGAACCCAGUGAUGCUAGCAACUCAUCAAGGCCAUCAACAGAGUUACAGCUGGAGGUUGCCGCUAACGAAACAGGGCAUUGCUCAGAUGAUCAUGAAGAGUUUCUAGUUUGGUUGGACGGCUAUAAAUGCUCGCUCUGUGGUAUUGAAAUGCCUCCAGGUUUCAUCGAAGAGAGACGAGAGCAUUCCGACUUUCAUGUUGCACAAAGGUUGCAAGACGAGGAAUCGAAUGACAACUACAGAUUGCUGACCCCUAAUAAGCAAAGGUCAAUACAGAAUGGGGCUGCAAGAAAUGGAGGUGGUCAGAGAAAGAAGAAGAAAUUGUCUCCUGCUUCCACCAAGUGCAUUCCAAUUGAUUCUUUCUUUGUCAAGACAAAUCAGAAUUUCUAGCUUCAAAAGUUUGAAUAGCAAUUAGAAAUUGUUUGUGUACCUUCCUUUUCUUGUACAGUAUGUAAUAAGCAAUUAUAGAAAGAAUAUAAUGUACAUUUAAAGUUUUAUGAUCCCACAUUCUUAUAUACAUUCAAUUUUUAUGAUAAUUUUUAAAAUUAUGGCCAGGCUAUUUUGACACCAAGGUAUAAGUGUCAUAUUAUGACACCACCAAACUAAGGCUGAAUAAACUUAUACGAAAAUG